UUCGUGACGUCACAGGGAUUUUCCCAGCCAGAUUUUAUAUGAUGAGUCAUCAAGAAGAAAUGAACAUCAGACCGUAUUCACGCUUCCAUUAGACCGGGGACUUCUGCCUCUUGUCGGACUGAAUUGUCAGGAUUUGUAAACGUUUUCAACCAAGUCAAAAGAGGGCACAACUAAACAAGAGAGGCCCAACUUAAAUACGCCAAUCUUACCAAGAUGGCGGCCCCUGAUCCAAGUCAAAACCAAGACUUGCCGCCCCCUGUUCCACCACCCCCGGUACCAAGAAAUAGAAAUAUACAAAAACCGUCACUUCCUAGUCGCAGACUUGACACAGAAAAUAUGGCUGAUCUGAGGAGAAGACUAACCAUCAAUUUCACAUCCCCAACUCCCACCCUGGCAACCAUGGGAUACAAAACACAGAUAGAAAGGAUAAAGGGUUUGAAGUCCACAGGAAAACUACAGAUAGGGUCAAAGACAUACGACUUUGUUUCCGAUGACUUACAGGAAAUAGAGGAGAUAGGGAGAGGGAAUUAUGGGAUGGUCACCAAAAUGAUUCAUAAAGAAAGUGGCACUGUGAUGGCUGUGAAGAGGAUUAGAUCCACUGUAGAUGAGAAAGAACAGAAGGAAUUGCUUAUGGAUCUGGAUGUUGUAAUGAGGAGCAAUGAUUGUCCAUACAUUGUAGAAUUCUAUGGUGCACUUUUUAAAGAGGGAGACUGUUGGAUAUGUGUAGAAAUGAUGGACAUUUCUUUAGAUAAAUUUUAUAAAUAUAUUUUUAAUGUGUUACAAACUACGAUACCAGAGGAAAUCUUAGGAAAAAUAACUGUAGCAACUGUCAAAGCUUUAAAUUAUCUUAAAGAAAAUUUAAAAAUAAUUCAUCGAGAUGUAAAACCAUCAAACAUUCUACUAGAUCGCAAAGGGAACAUAAAACUCUGUGAUUUCGGAAUAAGUGGCCAGUUAGUGGACUCUAUCGCCAAAAGUCGAGAUGCAGGAUGUCGUCCGUACAUGGCACCUGAGAGAAUUGAUCCCCGAGCCUCUAGCCGUGGUUACGACAUCAGGUCAGAUGUAUGGAGCCUUGGUAUUACUCUAAUGGAGUUGGCCACUGGGAAGUUUCCAUAUCCUAAGUGGAACAGUGUCUUUGACCAGCUAACUCAGGUAGUGCAAGGGCCUGCUCCUCAGCUCAAACCCACAGAGGGGCAAUUCUCUGAGGAAUUCCUCAACUUCUUAAAUACCUGUUUGACAAAAGAUGAAAAGCAAAGGCCAAAAUAUGCCAAACUCCUAGAGCACCCAUUUAUCAAAAGAUACAGUGAAUUAGAAGUAGACAUUGCAAGUUAUGUAGUAAAAAUUCUGGAUCAUGUGCGAGAAACAAACACGAACUUACAGGAGCUGACUUCCUCUAACUCUUGACGAAGCAGGGACGUUGUUAAGGGUUUUCAAUUCAGGGACAUCUUAACAUACAGUACAAACGCUCAAUUGAUCAAGUCGCCCAAACGUGUCUUGACAAAGGGGAGAUUACUCUUGGAAUAAUGGAAAACGAAGUGACAAUAAAGAUGUAUGUCAUCUAUGCAGCCAGCUGGUUGGCAAUGAGUUCAUAAUUAUAUACUACAGAUUAAGUGUUUGUCAUGAAUCUGGCCUACUCAAUAUUCCUGAAUGGAUGGAUCUUCUCAUGUAAACUUUUCUACAUUAUUAAGUGAACUCAUACAUAGUUUAUUUUUCUAUAUUUUGUUCUUUUAAGAGAUGUCAGCUGAUUGUUUAAGUGGUUGUUGAUCAAUGAGUUGAUUUGGAAAUUGAAGAAUUAUGCUGCCACUUCUUUUUUUUUUUUUUUUUUUGUAAUUUCUCUAGCUAGUUUACAUACAUGUAACUUGGUGAUAGAGGGCUUUCAUUUUUUCUGCUAAGCAGAUUUUGUAUUUGUUUUUCUUUGUGUCAUUUUCCCCACUGAUUAGACACAAAAAUUGCUUGUUUGUGUGUCUGCCUGUCUAAGUCUUUGGCAGAUUCAGUUUCUUAAGUUUAUUCCACAACAUUAUACAUUACAUAAACUUUCAAUCAGGUUUUUGACAAGGGUAAAACUUUUGUACAUCAGGGUUUGUAAGAUUUAAAGAAACUCGUAGAAAAAUCGAGUUCUUGGUUUCUUGAUAGCAAAAUUUAUUUUAAAUUUUCAUUAUAGGACUGUAUUUAAAGAACUAAACUUGCAACUGUUACAGAUUUUUAUGAUACAAUCUUUCCAAGAUAUUUUAUGGAUAUAUUAAUUUAAUAUUAUAUAUAUAUGCAAUUUUGUCACAUAUAUUUAUAUAAGGAAGGUUGAAGUCAUAAACAUUCUAGAGUGCUCCAUUGAUUUGAGUAUAAUGAAAUUAAUUAUGAAUUUAUUUUCUCAACUAGUGCUACAUUUACAUGUAUACUCAUUAGUCAGACUGAUUUUUUUUUCAAUACCUGUAUUCUAGAAACUGGAUGUAUGAGAUACAUGAAUAUCGAAGAAAAACUGUUGUAUGUAGAUACAUGUAAUAUUUGACACUUAUGAUAAGUACUUUUAAUUGUAUCAGACUUUGUAUUUAAAAUUUAACAUUCCAGUAGAGAAAUUUAGACAAUAUUCUAUUUUUCAUCUUAGUUUGACAAUUUAGUGUACAGUUUUUGCUCAAAGGACUUGAGAAAUAUUCAUCCAUCUUGUUUCACAAUGCUACAUUUCAGUACUUUGAUCAUUUAAUAGCAAAAGGAAAAAAAAAUGUAAGGGUCUGAAAAGGUUCCAGCAUCAACACUUAGAAAAUACUCUAGGGGAAAAAAAGAACUCUAGGGGAAAAAAUAGAAUUUUUCGCUUUUAAAAAUAUAUUGUUAAUGUGUCCACUGAUUUUUCAAACUUGUAACCUGUGUUGACAGCUUCUUUGCUUUACUGCUUUCUUUUAUCCUUCACCAGCCAUUGUCUCAUUUUGGUGUGCCAUACUUGUCUUUAUGAUUUCAUUCAAGUAAAUAUAUUUUGGAGUGUUGAAGAAAAAUCAAUAAAUUUGCAGAAAAUGAUCAUUGAUUAAAUUCACUAAGAGCCAUUCCAUGAAACAAUAUCAUUUUCAGUCACAAAGGAUGAGAUGCACUUAAGUUAAAAGUUUGUGAUUUUCUUUUCUCAUUCCAGUAUUGAAAAGACUGAAUUUUAAAUGGAUGCUUUGUUUUGAUAGUACAAUAUGUAUCAGUUAAUGUGCAAAUUAUGGAGAGAAAUGUAUGCUGCUGAAAUUUUUAAAAGAAUGAAUAUUUAUUCUUUAAAGCAGGAAAACUCUUUUUUUUCAUACUGUUCACUAAUGCUUAAUAUAUGGUACUUGUAGUACAUUAUGCACACAAAUUUUAUUCCUGUCUGGUUCAAAGUGAAAACAUCCUUUUAUAAGAUGUUGAUUUAGUUCUUGUUAAUAAUUUUAAAAAUCAUUCUCUAUUCUCACCUUGAAAAUUUCUUGGACAUUAAUAUGUAUUUCCAAAUUUAGAGAUAUUUUUAUGUGUUAAAUACAUGUAUUAUAGUUUAGAAACAUGAAACUGUCAAUUUAUAAUAUACCAAAAUCAAAAAAAAAAAAUCUAUUUAUGGUAUACUUCUUUGAAUAAUGUGUUCACUGAUUGGGAAAGGUGAAGUUUUAAACACUGCUUUAAAACAAACAAACAACAUUUUAAUACAGUAUUUAUUUUCAGACUACAUAAACACUAACUGUAUUUCUUAUAUUUUACUUUUAUUUUAUUGUUUCACAUAAAAGUGUAAAUCAGAAGACAAUGUCAUUGUUAUUAUUUGGCAAUUAAAGCUUUUAUCA